AUGUGGAAGCACCUACUGCUUCCUAGGCAGUUUAACUUGCCCAUAAUACCUAGAAGUUUCAAUCGAUGUGCUCCAUUUAGAAACAUAGUUGUACGAGCAUAUUCAACUGGUUCCGAAGGUCAUUACAAAAACUCUAUUCCUAAGAAGUACCCUCAAUCGUCUUCGCUAUGGACAGUUCCAAACUUUCUGACGAUGACUAGGAUUUCAACUGCACCGUUUAUUGGUCACUUCAUUUUAUCGCAGAAUUUAACACCGGCAUUUUGUUUGUUCACUUACUCAUGCAUCACCGAUUUCUUGGACGGUUACCUGGCGAGGAAAUACAAGGCCAAAUCAAUUGUUGGUACAAUAUUGGACCCAAUGGCGGAUAAGAUAUUGGUGAUUAUCACGGUCUUUUCCUUGUCAUUUCCUCCUGGUCCUCAAUUAAUUCCAUUGCCAAUUGCUGGCCUUAUUUUAGGUAGGGAUGUUUUAUUGGGUGUGAGUGCCCUUUUCUAUAGAUAUUCCACCAUGAAGCAUGCAUAUAAUAGGGUUACAUGGAACAGUUACUUGGAUAUUUUCAAAUAUCCAAGUGCAGAAGUUAAGCCGACAGUAAUUUCCAAGUGGAAUACAUUUCUCCAGAUGAUAUAUCUAGGGUGGGGGUUGCUGUUGAUGAUGUUGAAUUCUCAAGACGAAGACGGCACUUCAGAAAAGACGCAUAACUGGCCAUGGGUCCACGAAGGAUUUACUUAUUUUGGUUAUCUUGUCGGUGUGACCACCCUCUGGAGUGGUUGCUCUUAUAUAUUCAGUAAGAAUGCCGUUAAAUAUCUUAGAAAGACAAAAUAG